AGCAAGUGAGCAAGACUGAUCACUGACAUGGCUGAUAUUUUUGAUUCGGUCAUUCUAGUUUUUAAAUGAUUUUAAUUUUAUUUUAAAAAAGUGGUGUUUUGUUGUUGUCAUGGUUUUAUAUCCACAUAGUGACACUGUGUAAAAUACAUUCAUAAUGUCAACGUCAAGUACAAAGUGGAAGUGUAAACAAUUAUCAAAUAAUUGAAGUGUCCUCCUAAUGGCAGACAACUAUGGUUUUUCGCCGAAAUUUUUUCUGCGAACAUGUAAAUAAUUAUGAUAAUCCACGUGAAUUCUCGUUGGAAUAGACUUUUUGUUGUUUACAAUGCGUUCUAGAAUACACCAUAACAUGUACAGGAGUUGCUUGUUAGCGUUUUGUUGCAUAUUUUGGCUGGGCCAAUUCAAUAAUGGGGUUCAAUCACUCAAAUGUAAAUGUGAGGUGUGUAAGGAAACGAACUUUACCUGUGAUACAGAUGGGUACUGUUUUACGACAACCUACUUGACGACCAAGGGAGGCAUCGAGCAUAAUUAUCGAUGUAUUCCCAAAAAAAGUAUACCAGAAUUGGUAAAUUUGGUCGACAUGUCACUCGGCUAUUGUUACGAAUUUGCCAUAGUUACCAAUCAUCCGCAAUAUACCAAAAUGGCAUCAUCGUGUUGUAACGAUACAGAUUUUUGUAACGCUAAUAUAACUUUGUCGUUGCCAGACGAUAUUAGGCCACCAGUCCCGAAGAGCCCCUUUUCCACAUCGGAAAUAACGUUAAUAAUCGUCAUUUCUUCGAUACUGCUUCUCUUGGCGAUUUUGGGCGCUUUUUACUUGUACAAAACCAAACGUAAAAGAAGUGGUAUGCAUCAUCAUCUUCGACAUGGUGAAGAUAGUAUUGAAGCUCCAGAUCACCCCAUUUUGAAGGGUGUAAGUCUGCAGCAUAUGAUAGAAAUGACCACAAGUGGUAGUGGUUCAGGCCUACCGUUGUUAGUCCAACGCAGCAUAGCCCGACAAAUACAACUUGUUGAAAUAAUUGGGCAAGGGCGCUUUGGUGAAGUGUGGAGGGGUCGGUGGAGGGGCGAAAACGUUGCUGUUAAAAUAUUCAGCUCAAGGGAGGAGAGGUCGUGGUUUAGAGAAGCUGAAAUAUAUCAGACUGUUAUGCUUAGGCAUGACAAUAUUCUGGGAUUCAUCGCAGCUGAUAAUAAAGAUAAUGGAACGUGGACUCAGCUGUGGCUCAUCACCGACUACCACGAAUAUGGAUCCCUUUUCGACUUCCUGGGUAGAAAUACCAUGGACACCAACGGUAUGAUCCGAAUGGCCUUGUCCAUUGCCACUGGUUUGGCGCAUUUGCACAUGGACAUUAUGGGAACUCAAGGUUUUUUCUUUCUUUAUGUUCUAAAAACAUCUAAUGAGAAAAUAUCUACAGGUAAACCAGCCAUAGCUCACCGUGAUUUGAAGUCGAAGAAUAUUUUAGUCAAAUCAAAUUUCACUUGUGCGAUCGGUGACCUAGGUUUAGCAGUACGUCAUGACUCCACCACCGACACAGUCGAUAUUCCACUAAAUAACAGGGUGGGAACUAAACGUUACAUGGCCCCAGAGGUCCUCGACGAAACCAUGAAUGUGAAUCAUUUCGAUUCAUUCAAGCGGGCCGAUGUUUAUGCUUUGGGCCUAAUAUUUUGGGAAAUUGCACGGAGGGGCAAUGUGGGCGGUAUUUAUGAUGAGUACCAAUUACCAUUUUAUGAUGCUGUGCCAUCUGAUCCCACAAUAGAAGAAAUGAGACGGGUUGUUUGUGUAGAGAAACAAAGACCUAACAUACCAAAUCGUUGGCAGAGUUGUGAAGCUCUGCGCAUUAUGUUAAAAUUGAUGAAAGAGUGUUGGUAUCACAACGCCACGGCUAGGUUGACAGCUUUAAGGAUUAAAAAGACACUCUCUAACUUCAGGACAUCUGAAGAGCUUAAAAUGUGAAUUGUUGAAUGUUUGUGAAAGGUAUGCAAAACUGAAUAUGAAGUGAGUAGAAGAACGAUAACGUGCAUAAUUUUUAUUAGUUAAGUCGUUUUAAUAUAACGGUGAUUUUUUUCGGGUAUUAACAUGGAUACGUGAGUCCUAUGUGAUAAUGUCGAUUUGUUGGAAACGUGAAUGUCUCAUAGGACAUAUGAAAGGGAUGCGUGAAAGUGUGAAGAUUCAGCCCACUGCCUAGUUCAGUUCAUAUCCACAAUACCGUACUGCCUACCCACCCAUUCCAUAGUUUAUAACAGUCGACAGCUUCUUCCUGUUCCAGUUUAUUUUCCGUGUACAGUUGACCGUAUUGUGAUCUUUUCUAGGUCUCUGCUUAUCGCAUUCGAUUGUUCGUCGAGUUGCGUUUGUUCAGCACUUUACUAAAAUGUUAACUGCCGAUAUGCCAAAGCCAUAAUAAUGUCAAUUAUUUUCUACAUAAACAGAAUAAUAGUGUUAAAAAGACAAUAUUUUUUAUUCAAUUGUUACUCUGUGCAACCGCGGAACAACGAAGUAGGUAAGCAGAGAUCAUUCAUCAGUGUUGUAGAUAUAGUAGUAAAUAUUGUACAUCUUUUGUUUUUUUUUUUUAAUUUUUUUGUUAAGUCUGCCAAUAUUCUGUAUCCAGUUCAAUUCAAGCAAACUCCUAACUAGUCAACAAUAGUGCAGAAGGAAACAAAUUUAAUAGACGAAAUAAAAUAGGUUUUUUGCAAGGUGUUCAUUUAUUUAAAAGAAAAUCUCUUUUAUAUAUUUUUUUGAUCGUUUGUACACAAAGUAUAUGACGGUGUACUUAUAUGGUGACGUGCACGUGAAUUAUUUAGGUUUUUAAUAAAACCUACUACCUCUAAUAAAAAAUAAUCUGUUUAAAUAUAGUUUAAAUAAUUAUAUUUCCUGUUUUUGUUUGUUUGUUUUAUUAUUGAAGAGAGAAAGAUGCAUGUAGAUUGUAGUUUCUAAAUAUCAAUCUUCAUCUUUUUUGUGUAUGGGUAAAAGUGAAUGGACGGUACAAACGACGUUUCGUAACAAUUCGAUUUUGUUUUAAUUAUAGUGAACGCCUUGUUUUGGUCGAUCUUUGCGGCUUGUGUGAGUGAAGAAAGGGGUGAAAAAAUUUCGUAGUUCCUACAGUUUGACACUGACUUAUUUACUGAGUAUGCGUCUGUAAGUUGGUGUCAACUUUUAAGUUAUAUAUUUUUUGGUCAUCUUCUGUUAUUAGUUAUGAAGCAAGCGUGUAGACCUAAAAAGUUUUAUGAUAGUUGUUGCAUAUUUUUGAUUUGUAAAUACAGUUUUAGUUAUCUGAGGAGAAGAACGUAAUUUUAACGUGUAUAAGAAUUUAAUUGUGCUAACUAUAUUUUUAAGGAUAUUUAUAAAAAUUUAAUAUGUAAUUGUUGUGAGCCUAACAUAUUUAGUUUUGCGAAAAAAAUAAAUAAUAAAUAAAACAAGAGUGUCUCUACAUUAAGGUGCACCUCAAAAAAAGAUUGACAAAAUAUAGUUUGCAUAAGGAUAUUUUUAAGUGGUUAAAGUUGUAUACUCUAAUAAUAUAUAGUUAUUCUAAUCAUGUAAUAUGAUAAUUUUAAGUUGUACAGUUAUAUAGAUUAACGUUAGUAUGUAAAAACAUGAUUGAUUUCCAUAUACACACAACACUUUUUUCCUCAAUUUAUUUAUUGUCAGGAUAAACUGUCAUACCUCAAUUUCAGAAUGGAACUGUUUAGGGGGACGUAGUUGUUAUUAUUGUUGUGCGCGAGAUUUCGGUAUAUUGCGUGUUGAGGAAAAAAAAAACAAGUAUUGGAAAUAUAAAAUUGGUGCGAAAUUAAGACUGAUUUGAAAUAAUUUCUCUUACAAAAUUAAAAUACUAGUUAGAUUUUUUAUAUUGAUUAGAUUAGUAAUGUGGACCGAUAAUUUGUUACAUUUUUUGCACAAAUUAUUCACUACCUAUACAUACCAAUAUACAGUAAUAAUGAAUGUUAUAUUCAACAAUCUUGUGUAGACGGUUAAACCGAAAUGGUUCUUGUCUUUUGUCAAUAUGUAAAUACAGAUGUAGCUAUCCUCAUUAUGAAGAAGUGGUUAACCAUUAAAUGGUAAAAUAUUUUUUAAAUAACAAUAGUGCUGUUUGCAAGGUACAAAUUCAUGUCAGAGUUUUAUACAAGAGUAAAUUUGUUGUCAAGUUUUUGCCAAAUGUGUGCGUGGCCAUAUUUAUCGUGUCGACAUUAACUGUGAUUCAUUGCUACCCAAACUGCUCAUCUGCACCGUUCUACGAAGAUAAAGCUCAGCCUCAUUUUACAGGAACAUCUUUCUUAUUUGCAGACGUUUAUAGUUGGGUAAAUAGGGCCGCGUGCAAAAGUUGUAGAGAACAUAGAGAUUAAGGUAUUACACGAAAGACAAAGAAAAACUAAAUUACAAAAAUUUUACACGUUUACACAUUUGGGCUAUAUUUUGGGAACGCAACAGUAUACAUUUUUGGAAUAAAUGAUGGAAGUACUGUAAUCUCUAUAAGUAGAUUAAAAAUUUCCUCAGGAUAAAUGUACACACAAAUGCAAUAGUUAACCUUACUCAAUACUUCAUAGAUAUAGAUUUUUUUGUUAAAGCAAAUGCAUUAUAUAAUUAUAUUCUAAAUUUUUCAUGUUUUGGAUGUUCUGUUACAUAUUGUGAAUCUUCAAAUUUAUUUGUAUUUAAGGCAUUUAACCUAAGUAUGAUUUGCAUUUUGUUUUCUUUUUUAAGUUUAUGUACAGAGAUGUUUUGUGCUUAGAUGCGACUAUAUACCAUUUGUAAACGUAUUUGAAAAUAUAUUACUACUCCUAAA